AUGGAAAGCCAGCAGUUGAUGGCAUGUGCCAUCCUCGUUAUUGUGCUGGUAGGAAUUUUUGGAAAUACACUUUCGUUUAUUUUGUUCAGUAGACCGCACAUGCGAUCUUCAUCUGUAAAUGUACUUCUAUGUGCCCUAUCAUUCUUCGACUUUUCUCUUCUUACCCUGUCGAUUCCAAUAUUCGUGAUUCCAAACCUUGACUUAUGGGCGGAUGAUCGGUCCUUAUCAACAUAUAUGGCAUAUAUUCUGAAAAUGAUUUAUCCAAUCAACCUGAUGAUGCAGACAUGUUCCGUCUACAUAAUGGUCAUGAUAACUUUGGAACGUUGGGUAGCCGUGUGUCGCCCGUUGCAAGUCAGAGUGUGGUGCACUCCUCGAAAGUCAAGAAAUGCCAUUCUUGUCAUUAUAGUCUCUGCGUUUCUCUACAAUUUCGUUCGAUUUUUCGAAUAUCGAUUUGUGGCAACCGAAACUGGAGCCAUUUACGAAAAAUGGUUACGAGAUCCGGGAACUCAUAGAUGGUACUACGUGGGAUACUACACAAUUAUGUACAUUGUCACACACUUUUUGGUUCCAUUCUCUGUGAUGGCGUUUGCCAAUGGACAUGUUAUUGUGGCGAUGUGCAAGCUCAGCCAAACCAGGCAGAUGCUCACAAGACAGCAACAACGAGAACAAUCGACAACAGUGAUGCUUCUCAUCGUCACAUUUGUUUUUGCCAUUUGCAACACUCUGCCGUUCCUCCUAAACGUCUCCGAAAGCAUUUUCCCAACAUUGUUCCAAGACGAGAGCACGAGGGGAUUGGCAUAUUGGCUCAACGAUCUUUCGAACCUACUCGUUGUACUCAACUCGGGGACUACCUUCAUAAUCUACUUUACGUUCUCCGAGAAGUACAGACAGACAUUGAUUUUCAUUUUGAAGAACGGAUGUUGUGCCACCGUCAGUGACUACAAUAACUACACAGCAAUGUCUAGAACAGCAUCAAUGAGGAUUUCAAGUGAAACGGGUGGUCAAAUUCAAAGACAAGGCUCUCGAAUGAGCAAUAGCAGCCGCUCAUCGGACGUUCUGCUCAAACCAAUUUACAUGCAGAAAAGAAGCGAGCGCUUCUCGUCGGAAUACAACGAACGAACAUGCAAACACCUUGCUCCUUUCGAAGACUACAAAUUACCAAGAUUGCCGAACGAGAAGAGGAAGAAGAAACUGCAUAAAAUGUCAGCAGUGGAGCAUCGUGGAAUGCCUGAAAUCACAAUAACAUUCAGCGAGGACACUCCAGAUGGAGAACCAGAGUCACCGUGCCAACCAUGCUAG